AUGUCGCGGGGCAGGACGGUCGUGCGCGCCGAGUACCAGCCGCCCGAGAACCCCUGGAUGCAAGCGCUGGCCCCCGCUGAGCUGAAGAGCCCGACCGGCGAGAUGCUCGCGUACUACCUCAAGGACCAGCCCCACCUGUUCCAGGAGACCGUCGAGACGCUGCUCGCGAGGCUCCAGGAGUCCAAGGAGGAGCGCGAGCGGCUCACGAAGGAGGCCGAGGAGAACGGCGCGGACAAGGCCAGCCUCGUGCUCAACAAGCGUAUGGAGGAGGUGCGCAUGAAGGAGGUGAAGGUGACGGUGGAAGACGUGAUGUACAUGUGCGUGGUCGACAAGUUCGUCCAGGUGGGCGUGGACAUGCUCCCGCCGCUCAACAACCCCAUCGUCGACCUCCCCCAGGGCAACCUGCGCAUCCUCACCGAGGGCGUGCACUCCAAGGAGGCCCUCGAGUUCGUCCGCGAGCACCUCCUCUCCGUCAUGGCCGGCACCGAGAACAUCCCCAGCCAGGCGCAGGUCCGCAUGUCCAAGCUCCAGGCCGCGCAGGUCUACGCCGCGUCCGUCAUGUUCGGGUACUUCGUGCGGCAGGUCGACAAGCGCUUCCAGCUCGACCGCGCCCUCGGCACCCUCCCGGAGCCCCCAAUCGAACAGCCCACGAACGCGGAGGCGGUGAUGCGGCUCGAGCGGCUCUUCCAGGAGGGCGAGGGCGCGGCGCCGAAGGAGAAGGCGGCGCUGCGGCAGUACGUGGAGUCGUUCGACGCGCCCACGCUGGCCAGCACGGCGCGGCUCGUGAGCAUGGAGGGCGCUGCGCUGGUGGAGCGGCAGACCACGGGGCUGUUCGGGAACGUGCGGGAGCUGCAGGAGCAGAUGCGGGCGGCGGUGGGGGACGUGGCGUCGAUGCAGGAGCUGAUGGAGCGCGUGGAGGGGGCGAUCGCGGAGGGCAAGGUGGAGUCGCUGACCAUGAACGUGGGCACGCAGCGGCGCCUGGUGCUCGAGGCGGUGGCGUACGGGACGUUCCUGCGGGACGUCGAGACGCAGGUGGACGGGAAGUACGACCUGCUGACGCCCGUGGGGGGCGGGGAGGCGCCAGACAUCGGCAUGGGCGGUCCGGGCGGGGCGGUGUAA